AUGUUCCACCAUAUUGCAGUUGUUGCACGCACCCAAGCCGCUCGCGCACCCGUCGUUGUCUCACGCCAAUUGCACGCAACGCCUACUGCAGCGAAAACAGUCACAGAGAAGGUUUCUGAGGUAGCGGAUACGGUGAACAAAAAAGUGGGGAAAGGGCUGGCAUCGGCUUUGGACGCGGGCGAGGAGGUCACAGAGAAGAGCAAGCAAGUAUUAGGCACCUCCAAAGAGAAGGCACAAGAGGCGACUGACGCUGUGAAAGAAAAGACGUCGGAGGGCACAGCACAGGCGGCGCAAAAAAAGAAUGAGCUGGAGUCGGAUGUCAAACAAAGCAUUCGCAAGGACUGA